UGGGAGCGCAGUGUUUUCGUUUAGCUGACUGGGGUCAGUGGGGGGAUUGAUAUAUUAGUCACAGCACAACAUAUUCGCGAACGUAAUACGAACGUCGUCAGCGUCUGCGAUAAACAAUAUAAACAAAUCAAUUGUACGGAAGCUAGUUUUAUUGUUUAUUCGCCUGUUCUCAUUCAGCAAUCAAGCGCAGCCCAGUCAUGCAUGCUGUGAUGGCCAAACGUCUGCUGCCCCAUCAGCCAUCGGAAGACACUCCCCAUCCAGAUGAUGAACUCGAGAGUCCCGCCAUAGAGGCGGCUGCCUUGGCCAUAGCUGUGCCUCAACCCACAGAUCAGACGCUCCAGAAAGCUUUCUGGGAGCGCUACAACAGCCCGGAAAAGAGUUUCAAGCCCGCUCCAGAGGGCACAACAGUACUCCGCUUUGAGAUACUCAUGGCACACAUUAUGCCACGCGAAGGCGACGAUCCCAAGCUCAAGCGUUAUGUGGUCUAUGAGCUGACAGUGCGCCAGGACAGCCAGGUGAUGGAUGCCCAACCCGCCAAGCUGGAGCGACGCUACACGGACUUCCGCGAGCUGUAUCAAUGUCUGAAGCGUGAGCAUCCCAAUGAGUUGGGUCAGCUCAACUUUCCCAACAAGGUGCUGAUGGGCAACUUUUCGGCGGAUUUAAUUCGAGAACGCAGCAUGGCCUUUGAGGCAUUUCUCAGUCAUGUGGCAGCUCAUCCCUUGCUAAAGGAAUCCCCAGCGUUCCUUCGAUUUCUGCAGCACGAGGAACUGACGCGAGGUUGUCAGUACUUGGAUGAGCGUCGCAACGAGAUGGCCAUACCCAUACUCGAGAACUGCUUUCGACUGCUCAACAAGAUCUACAUGAAUCGUUCCCGACCGGUUGUGUUGAUCCUCUGUCGCCUGGUGGCUGCCUGCACAGUUUCCCCGGUGCCUCAUCUUGCGGCGGAGCGUUGGGCUCUCCUGGCACUCAGUCGCUUCGAUACGCUCUGUGAUAUUGAUCUGCUGCCACUCUACAUUCCCCUGCUGCACACUUGCACCCACUUGUGGUGGCAACGCGGACAGGAUCAGAAACCCAUCACGGAUCGCCUCACUGAAAUGUCCAGGCAAGGCAUCAACACUGCGAACAUCACAAGCCUCACACAGGCCAUUCACAAGCUCGAUCCACGCACCGAGACCAUCUGAAUUCCCCCCACCACAAAGCACACACUCAACUGUAUAUAGACAGCAUAUAGAAUCAUCCAUACAUCGAGGACGUAGCGCAAAGCUGAAAGUGCAAUUAGCAAAUUUAACGUGCAAUUAGUAUUAAUAAUACACCAUAUCUUUUUUAUCUCUCCAACUCA